AAGUCUAUAAAAUAUGUAAGGCCAACAAGAACCCGACAGCUUGGAAAUUAAUAAAAAUAUAAAACAGUCUGAUUCACCAUCCGUGCAAAGAUAAAAUAACAGCAAAACCAAAAACACAAAAAACAAAAACACAUAAGUGAGAAAGCAAUCUCUCCUCAGCCUCACUGCUCUCACACCAAGUGCAACACGAAACCAAAAGACACAAACAUAGACGAGAGAAAAUUGGAGAGAGAUAUAGCAAAUAUAUAUAUACAGAGAGAGAGAGAAGGGGGAAGUGGAGAGAGAGAGAUGAAGGUUUCUGCAAAACCCAUUUCGAGUCCGAGAAGGGCAGAGAAGUUUCCACCGCCAUUGAUGAGGUUUCUGAGGAGCAAUGUGGGAAGCAGAAGCAGAGGAAGGUCGCGUACGAGCCCAAUGUUCGUGCGAAAGAAGAACAACAACGCAGUGAUUGAAACCCAAGAACCAUCUUCCCCAAAAGUCACUUGCAUAGGCCAAGUCCGUGUCAGACGCUCCUCCAAACAAAAAUCCGGUUCAAAGUCCGGCCGGACCAGAACUCCUCCGGCCAAACGCCGCCGUUGUUGGUGCGUUCGAAAGACCUCGUUUUGCCAUUAUUUCGUCCGAAAAAUCAAACCCAGAUCUUUUCGUCCCGAUUGGAGCAAAUGGGUCUUCAUUUUCCGAUUUGGGUAUUGUAGAAAAACCAAAACUAAAGAAGAUUUCUCUACAGUUAAAUCAAACCAAGAAAGUAGAUACAGAGGUAACACAGCUACUGAUACAAGAUACGAAGAAGACGAAGACGAAGACGGAGACGGAGACGGAGACGGAGAAGCACCAGAUAUUUUCGUUACUCAUACACCGCCCAAGAACGCUUUGUUAUUGACUAGAUGUAGAUCUGCUCCAUACAGAUCUUCAUCGCUUGCGAGUCAAUUUUGGGGCUCACCAUUGUUGACGUCAGAAACAGUGGGUGAUGAAGAAAAGAAGGCACCGGAACAGCAAGAAGACAGGGAGCAAGAGAGACCCACAUCGGAAGAUGAACCCGAUUGCAGAGAUUCGACAGCAGAAUCGAGAACAGAUCGAGAAAAUGAUGGAAAUUUGGGAAUUCUCGAAGAAUUUGAAGGUUCAACAGAGGAAGAAACCAAAGAAAGUAUUGAUGUUCAAAGAAGUUCAACUUCAAUUGGGCCUAUGAUGCUCACAAGGUGUAAAUCAGAACCAGCCAGAACAGGGGAGAGGCUCAAUCCAGAGCCCAAUUCUUGGACACACACAAGGUCCAAAUGUUUGUGAUUGAUUAAUUGAUUGAAUUGAUUAUAAUCUCUUCUCUUUAAUUUUGUUUAUAUAUAUAUAUAUAUAUAUAUAUAUAUAUAUAUAAUUACUACUGCUUUUCUUCUUGUUUUAGAUUUUAGGUUACUGAAGUGGAAAUAGUUUCUGAAAGAGUUUUUAAUGCUCAGUGUACUUUUCCACAUCUGGGGAUAUGCGAGAGCAUCUUCUCUUAGGCCAAUAUAUAUAUAUGUGUGUGUGUGUGUGUCUAAGAUGGGUCGUACACUGGAAGAUAGAAAAUGAAAAUGAAAUUGUAAUUGUAUUUUCAUGUGUUUUUGGUCUUAAUUUAGUAUUACUUUAUUAAA